CAGAACCUUAGUCAAAAACAGAAGCCACCCUCAAUGCCAUUAAGAAAUCAAAGGCAACAAUGAAGUCGCUGCGGUUCAUCAGUGCUCAGGCAUUGGUAUCGAAUGUACAGCUUGCCAGGAAAAGUCUCAGCAGUGUUGCACAUAACCUUUUUCCUCUUCUUUUUAAAGCCAGUUAUUUACUGGAGCAGGGGGAAGUGAUUCAUGACCUGGUGGAAAACUGGCCCCUGGCAGACUUUAAUAUAGGAAAACUGUUAGGGACAACAGUGGAUUACCAGGAAGACAUCAGCAGCAGAGCAUGCUGUGUUUGUUUGGAAAGUUGUCUAGCCGGGCUGAGAGAUUAUGUGCUGAAUUGCUCUCUGCCAUACUCGAAGAGACUGAAAGUGGUGGACCUGACAGGCAUAAAAGAUGUUGAAGUUCAGCUCUGCAAGUGUAAGAAGACUCUGGGAAGGUGGGCCAGGACAGAGCUACUAUCAAAGCUCUGUUUUGAGCUGCUUGUUGAAAUGCAAAGGCUGCAGUUCAAUCCAUGUAUCUUUGAUAUUGCUAUUGACAUUCUCAUUGACCUGUUUGUUACAGAGCGGAACUAUGAACUUGUGGUCCAAGCCUUACUGAUGAGGUGCCACUGUCCACUAAAGAUUCGUUGUGUGGCAUUCAGAGCUGACAGUCUCACUUUACGAAAGCUUUUCUACAUCAUAAAGCUCACAGAUCCCUCUUCUCUGCGCAAACUUGAAGUGGUUCACAAUAUUCGUUUGGAAAUGGAGCACUUGGAAGUGCUAUUUAAUAACAUCCACUUUCCUCUACUGACAUCGCUUUCCCUGCCAGCCAGAGCAUUCAAUGUGCAGCGGUUUGCAGCCGAGGAUGAACCAAUCCUUGUGACUAUUGGAGAAAAGAUGAGCCAAAUGACGCAGCUGACUGAGCUGAGCCUGGCGUUUUCUACCCUCACAGGAAAAAUACGGAAACUGCUCAGCCCACUGAAAACCCCUCUGAAACUACUGGAUGUUUCUAACUGCGCCUUGAACCAUGCUGACAUGGCCUAUUUAGCCAAUAGUCUUCAUUCUAACCACCUGGAAGUACUGGACCUUAGUGGGCACAAUGUGGCUGACCUUUACCCAUCAACCUUCUUUAAACUUCUCAGCCACUGCUCUCAUACUCUGAAGAGUCUCAUCCUCGAGGAAUGUAACAUUCAAGACAUUCAUGUAAAUAUGUUGAUUUUGGGUUUGAUCCCCUGCCGGAAGCUACAAGAAUUCAAGUUCCUUGGAAAUCCCCUGUCAUCCCGAGCACUUAAAUGCCUCUUUAAUGUUUUUAGUGACUUGCCAAAGCUGAAAUAUAUUGAGUUCCCAGUUCCUAGGGACUGCUAUCCUAACAAUGUCACCUACCCAAUUGAUGAUGCUGAUCUUUCAAAAUUUGAUCACCAAAAAUAUGAGAGUGUAUCAGAGGAACUUAACAAUAUUUUACUUCAUGCAAACCGGGAGGACAUAAAGGCUUCAACACCACUCUUUGGAGGCUACGAUGCAGCCAUUCAAGAGACUGGCAAUGAACUGGGAGCUUACUUACUGAAAUCUUUCAAAGAUACUUUAGAAAACUUUAACAAAGCUCUUCAAGAAAUGAAUUAAAAUUUUGUGGCGAAUGACUGCUCUGCCUAACAGAGAGUAAAUUCAAUAUACACUAGGAAAACACUGCACCUCCAUUUCUGCUUUCUCGACUGUAUUUGGUUUUAUUUUUGGUGCUACAGUAUAGCAUAUGCAUUUUUAAUCAUGCUAUGAAUUGGCAAGUAAUGUAAAGGCCACUUUUUGAGAACCCCUUUAAUCACUGCAUACUCUACACAAAGCACAGCUUUGGUUCCAGUUACCGCAGUAAAACAAGAUAUGAUUGUAUUUCACCUGAAGUAUGACCUAGCCAUAUUUUUUAAUUUACCUAAUAACUUUGGGCCAAUUUGUGCCCUCCUGCAAAUAAACACAUUGAGAGAGAGCUUAGGAGGGACUAAACUCCAAUAAUUUCCUCUGACAAAGUUUUAUCUAAAUUUGGCUGUGGAUUUGCUCCCUAUGGCAAUCCCCAAAUCCUACACCGCCCCCAUGAAUUGUGAGGCUUUCAGGAGACCUGAUGGAGGCACAGGGCCAUCCCUGCACAGGUCCUUCUCUGCAUUAGCUAUCUCCAUUAUAGCCACACUGCCCUGUCCACUCAAGAUCCAUGGUAGUGGGACUGUAGAGAUGAGAAGCCUAACUGGUAGCAGCCCCUGGAGCCCACCUUUAAGGAGGAGUUAUACAGUGCAGAGUUGACUCCAAUCAAAAGAUAACACAACGCCAAUCCAUAUUAACUCCUGAGUAUAUGUUCCAGCAGGCUCGAGGGGGCAGGGGUGGAGAUGAUGUGCACCCUGUAGCCCUUUUUCUUUCCAUGUAUGGACUCCAGAACCCACAGGUAAAUCUCCUUGAGGCUGGAGGAAAGGGAGGCAGGAUGCUACCGAUAGAGCUGACCCUCCUUUCAUAUGUGGAUGCAAGAGAUUCCCACAGAGUCCCCUCCAUGCCUUGAUCCUGGAGGAUGAAAAGGCCCUUAAUACAGUAACUGCAUGAUUGCAUUCUGCAACCAUCAUCAUCUUCAUACAAGCAAUGCUGAGAUCUGCAGAGCAGCCCUCAGAUGAGAAGUGCAGGGUGUUUUCAAGUUAAGCUAGUUUUUUCUGCUUUUCAUCUGUAUGAUGAUAAUACAGAAUAAUUAAAUGCAACUAUAAAAAUCAGAGGGGCAUCUGCUCUCAGUAAUUCCAUUUCUUUGAGAGUUACAGGUCUCUGGCCCUUCUUGCAUGCACAUAAAUCACAAAUAAAAAUAAUUUUUAUCCAUGGUCUGUGUAUUAAUUCAUUCAAAUCCACCAUACAUGAAAAUCAAAAUAAAAAGAAGAAAAUAAAAACUGUGUGGUUCCUCACCCCAAACAGGAGGAGCAGCCCCCUCCAUGUCUUCCUCCAUUGAGUGGGAGGUGCAGGGACUCAUAGGGACAGGAGGUGGAAGUGGCUGAGGGAGAGAGGAAGGGAUGCAUGGGGCA